UGGGACACCCCUCCAAAUCAUUGGAUUCAGGUGCUCCAAUCUCCUCCAUGGCCACUGGUGUAUAAAAUCAAGCACCUAGGUGUGCAGAUGCUUCUACAAACAUUGUGAAAGAAUGGGUCGCUCUCAGGAGCUCAGGGAAUUCAAGUGUGGUACUGUUAUAGAUUGCCACCUGUGUAAUAAGUCCAUCCAUGAAAUAUCCUUGCUACUAAAUAUUCCACAGUCAACUGUUAGUGGUAUUAUAACAAAGUGGAAGCAACUGGGAACAGCAGCAACUCAGCCAUGAAGUGGUAGGCCACGUAAAAUGACAGGCAGGGUCAGCGCAGAAGAAGCGAACAGUGCGCAGAAGUCGCCAACUGUCUGCAGAAUCAAUAG